AUGCACUCGUGCAUCGGACACGGCCGGGAAUGGGAGAAAGAAAAAAAGGACCAUGGUACUUAUUCGGACUCGUGUUCCGACAACGACGAGGAUCUCCUACGCAAGGCCCGUGCCCACGAGGCCUACGCCCACAAGUGCGCCGAUCGCCUCCGCCGCCGUCACAAUAGGCGAAGGUCGGACGGCCACCAUGCACACAAGUCCGACUCUGGGUCGAUGUGCCGUGACAAGUCCUCUGACGACAAGGAAUUCAGGCGUCAGGCCGAGAAGGACUGCCACGCCAAGAAGGCCCGCAAGAGCAAGCAGCUGCGCUCCAACCAUCGCCACGAGGAUGAGGUCUCGCGCAGGGGCGACGAGAGGCAGAAGAGGAUGCAGGAGCAUGAUCGCAAGAAGGACCUUCGGGAGGACAGCAAGAAGGACCAAAAGUCCAAGAGGGCGCACGAGCGAGAUCUGCGCAAGUGCAAGGAAGUGAGGGAGCGCAUCAUCCAGGAGCGCUACACGACCUACAACCUCAAGGAUAAGGAGGACGACCACAACUACAAAAAGGAUGCCCGCAAGUCCCACCACAUCGACAAGUGCAAGGACGAGGCCAAGAAGGACAUCUGCGCCAAGAGGAAGAAGUCGCUCCGCGAGGGUCACGAGGACCAUGGUCGCCAGGACGAGGAGGACAAAUACAGGGACGACCGCAAGGACUCGGGCAACCGUCGGUACCGUCGCGAUGGCAAGAAGCACAGCCGCUCGCGUGGACACGGCAGCCACAAGUAUUCCGAUGGUUCGUGCAAGUGGGGCAAGUCCGAUUGCGACCUCGGCGACGAUUGCGACAUCCACGAGGGGUGGGAUUGCAACGACAACACGGACUCGUGUUCCGACUAUUCCGACUCUGACUCUUACUCGGACUCUUGCACCGACUCGUCCUCUGACUCGGAUGAUUGUUCCGGUGGCGGGGGCAAUUGGCGCCACGGUUAUUAA